GAGAGAGAGAGAGAGAGAGAGACUUUUGCUUGGGCGUCAUCUUUUGAAUCUACAAGAUAGAAAGAAAAAGAGAAACUUUGUGUUUCAUGUUGGUCAGAUAGAGAAAGUGGGAGACUUUAACUCUUCUUCUCUUUCUCUCUCUGCCUCUCCAUUUGCUUCUCAUUCCCCGUCUGCCUUCUGCAUUGAUUUUGUCAUUACGCAUUUUUGCUAAUUAUUCAUCCGAUAAAAAUCUCUGUUUCCCUCUUAUUCGGGUUGAGAAAGUUUCGAGGAAAUCUCAGGUCAAAUUGGUUUCCUCUGUGCUUAUGGGUUUGGUGGCAACCUAGAUUUCUUGGCUGUUUACCGGAGAUUAGGCGAAGAGGCUUUUGAGAAUCCUCAGAUUUGAUCAGAUGGGGAAUUGCUGUGCAAGCCCGGGUGGGAAUAAACAAGGGAAACCCAAGAGCAAAAACAACCCUUUUUACAACGAAGAAUACACUGCAACAAAUGGACCUGGAGCUGGUUUCAGGCUCUCCGUGUUGAAAGAUCCGACGGGUCAUGAUAUAUCCGGAAUGUAUGAUCUGGGCCGCGAGCUUGGUCGUGGCGAGUUUGGUAUAACUUACUUGUGUUCCGAUAUCAGAACAGGUGAAGAAUAUGCAUGCAAGUCUAUAUCGAAGAAGAAGCUCAGGACGGCUGUGGAUAUAGAGGAUGUGAGGAGAGAGGUAGAGAUAAUGAAGCAUAUGCCUAAACACCCGAAUAUUGUCACGCUGAAAGAUUCUUUUGAAGAUGAUGACGCAGUUCAUAUAGUUAUGGAGUUGUGCGAGGGAGGGGAACUGUUUGAUCGGAUUGUUGCAAGAGGCCACUAUACUGAACGGGCUGCCGCUGCUGUUAUGAAGACUAUCGUUGAAGUUGUUCAGAUGUGUCAUAAGCACGGUGUCAUGCACCGGGAUCUUAAACCGGAGAACUUUCUCUUUGCAAAUAAAAAAGAGACAUCGGUUCUUAAGGCCAUAGAUUUUGGAUUAUCUAUCUUCUUUAAACCCGGUGAGCGAUUUAAUGAGAUAGUUGGAAGCCCUUAUUACAUGGCACCAGAGGUGCUCCGAAGAAACUAUGGUCCUGAAGUUGAUGUCUGGAGUGCAGGAGUUAUCCUCUACAUUCUGCUUUGUGGUGUCCCGCCUUUUUGGGCCGAAACUGAGCAAGGGGUGGCUCAGGCGAUCAUUAGGUCAGUUAUUGACUUUAAGAGGGAUCCAUGGCCGAGAGUUUCAGACAGUGCCAAAGAUCUUGUGAGGAAGAUGCUUGAACCUGACCCGAAAAAACGGCUUUCUGCUUCAGAAGUUCUCGAACAUCCAUGGAUACUAAACGCAAAGAAAGCUCCAAAUGUCUCCCUCGGGGAGACUGUGAAAGCCAGGCUCAAACAAUUUUCUGUUAUGAACAAGCUCAAGAAACGAGCUUUACGGGUGAUAGCGGAGCAUUUAUCGGUGGAGGAAGUUGCGGGCAUAAAAGAAGCAUUUGACAUGAUGGACACAAACAAGAAGGGGAAGAUAAACCUCGAUGAGCUUAGAAAUGGACUUCAAAAACUCGGUCAACAAAUCCCCGAUGCAGAUGUUCAGAUUCUGAUGGAAUCCGCUGAUGUAGAUGGGGAUGGUACAUUGAACUAUGCUGAGUUUGUAGCAGUCUCAGUGCACCUUAAGAAGAUGGCCAACGAUGAGCAUUUGCAUAAAGCUUUCAACUUUUUCGAUCAGAACCAGAGCGGUUAUAUAGAGAUCGAAGAGCUUCAUGAGGCAUUGAAUGACGAGGUGGAUACUAGCAGUGAGGAAGUUGUCAGUGCCAUUAUGCAAGAUGUGGAUACUGACAAGGACGGGCGGAUAAGCUACGAAGAGUUUGCAGCUAUGAUGAAGGCGGGGACGGACUGGAGGAAAGCGUCGCGUCAGUAUUCCCGGGAAAGAUUCAACAGUUUGAGCCUCAAGUUGAUGAGGGAGGGUUCUUUGCAGUUAGCAGGAAGCACCAACUGAAGAUUGAGUCUUGAAGAUUUGUGUUCUUGAGAAUGAUCUCUAUCAAAUAAGCAUAUUACGAUGAUGAUACAUUGGUCUUUGUUUGAAAUGAAACGCUUAGGGUUUUAGAUAGGGGUUUUAGGGUUUCGAUUGGUUUAGCAUUCUUCCACACCCAUGUCAAGAUAUUUUUUGGGUGAAAUCAAGUGUUUUCUUCCAUAGUAUAACAGUUCAAGAACAGUGUAACCCAUUGCUGUUCCAGGGGAUGAAUGAUGAUGAUAAUGCUUCUUUGCAGCUA